ACAAACUUACCACCCAAACUGAUGAUAUAAAUCAAGAGGAUCUUAGGGCAUAUGAAGAAAAGCAUUUGAAAGAAAAAUCUGGGAAGAAUGUAAAAAAAGAUUUUGAAGAAAAAGUUGAGAAAAAUGUAAAACGGAUAACAGGAGAUUUAACCAAUAACCAAAACAGAACAUUCAACUUUGAAAUUAAGAAAAAGAAAACUGUUGAAUCGUCAACAUUCUUGACGAUUUGCACAACAUUUUCUGAAAAUGAAGAAAUGAGAUUCCAAGUCCAGAAUAAUACAUUACUAAACUGGAAUUUCAUCAAAUCAAAACUGAAAACAAACAUUGUAGUUUACAGCAAUUCAACUGUACAUGCAGAAAACUGCAAAACAUUUGACUGUGAUAUUUUACCUGUAUUUCCCAAAAUGACGAUAUCAAGACGACCAAUGUUACGUGAAAUGUUAAUUGAUCUUGAAAAACACUAUGAAAGUGAGUUUUAUGGAUACUGUAAUGGAGACAUUCUUUUCAACAGUAUAGAACUUGAAGACACAUUUCAAGCAAUUUUAGAUUUUGCCGAGAAAAACUACAUUAGCGGCUACUUAAUCCUCGGUAGCAGAUACCAGGUUAACUUUCUACAGGUUAGUCGGAACAAAUGGGAAUUUAAAAAGUUAAAAACGGGUGAUGAAGAUGAAAUAAUGAAAUUAAGUAACAGCUCUAUCCUAGAUAAACACAGAGGUGCAUAUGACUUUUUUUUUGCUCGAAAAUCAGGAUUCCCAUGGUCGGAAGUUCCACCCUUUGUAGUUAGCCAGCCAGGAUUCGAUUCAUGGCUGAUGGUGUAUGCUAACAAAAUGCAGAUCCCUGUCAUUGACGUAACUGACACUCUAACAGCAAUACACCAAGUUGGUGCAGUGAAACAACAAGAGACUGAAUUAUAUUUAAAUACACAUUCCCACAAUCAUGCAGUGUUUUGGAGUUCUCUAUCAAGAGCGAAUUUGAGCAUGUUCCUCUCAACAUGUGCUAUGUAUAAGACUAUAUUACACUAUGAUGAGGUGAUGGUUGUGGAGAACACGGAGAGGGACAAGGACACAUGUAUUUACAAGUGGGAAAUUCAAAUCCCCGAUCCCAACAACACAUUUUACCAACAACUUGGAGUUCUUCCAUAUGAUGUGUAAAUAAAUAAAAUGAUAUAUAAACAAAUAAAAUAAAAAUAAACAUUAUACAGUAUAUGUAAAAUAAAGAAUAAAUAUAAAUCAUGUCUUCAAUUCACUCUUGACCUUUAAGGUAGAUCCACAUGCUGAGUAUUUCCAAUUACCAAUAUUUAUUAAUGAAUUUUAUAUGGAUACAUACUCCUUGGCAGUUCUAGUCUUCAACAUAUCACUGCGGCGGGCAGUAAUCUCAACAUAAGCAUG